AAAUAUAAAAAGAGAACCGACACUUGACUCCUUUUUUUCCUUACCUUCGUCGUGUAGUACGACUUUGGUUUUCUCCCAUACCAUAUGGCGACAGUCAGCGAGAAGGAGAACCUGGCUACUCUCCCCAAGGACACGGAACACGGAAAACGCAGUUCUGUGUCCUUCGAGGACGAGAAGAAGGAUAUCUCGAUAGCCGAAUUCGAUGGUCUUCAAACAGGCGAAGUUUUUGCCGACGCACGAAUUAUCGACUUGGACGACAAUGGGAAGGAACGGCCUAUCACUACCGACGUUGAUGUGGCCACACGCCUUAUCUCGUUAGAAGACGACCCGACACUCCCAUGUUUUACCUUCCGAAUGUGGAUCUUGGGUAUCGGUCUCUCAUGCUUCGGUGCUGUUCUCGGCCAGAUCUUUUACUUCCGUCCACAAACUGUCUACGUUAGCCCGCUGUUCCUGCAAAUUAUUGCCUACAUCUUGGGUGUCGGAUUGGAAGUCAUCAUCCCAGGUCCUGGAAAUGAGUUUUCAAAACUGAAGACUGCUGAUACCGCUUUUUGGAGGUUCUUCAAUCCUGGACCGUUCAACCUUAAGGAGCAUGUCGCUAUUACCAUCUUCGCCUCAACGGCUUCGGAAUCCGCAUUGGCUAUCAGCAUUUUUGCCGCUGACUCUUUGUACUACAACAUUUCGCCCAACCCAGGAGUCGGUAUCUUCACGUUGAUCGGCAGCCAACUCCUCGGAUACGGAAUGGGAGGACUGAUGAGAUCGUUCCUUGUCUAUCCUACAUAUAUUGUGUUCCCGAAUCUGCUACCCACCGUUCAGCUCUUCGACGCACUCCACCGAGGGAAAAAGUUCUUCCUUCAGAAGAAGCGGGUCAGGUUGUUCUGGGGAGUUUUCGUGGCAAUUUUUGUGUGGGAGUGGUUCCCCGAAUAUAUAGCCCCGACGCUCACCGGUAUCAGUAUAUUCUGCCUGGCUAGGCAGCAUAGUCCCUGGGUCACCCGAAUUUUCGGCGGUGCAGCUGGAAAUGAGGGAUUAGGAAUGUUCGCAUUUUGCUUUGACUGGAAUUAUGUCGGAUCAGGUGGAUCCAGUUUGGGAGCCUUGUUCACACCCUUCUCCACACAGCUGAGUCUUUAUUUUGGUGUCAUGAUCUGCAUAAUUGCGACGUGUACCGUCUACGCAACCAAUGCAUGGAGGGCUCAAACGUUCCCGUUCUUAUCUCAGGAAUUGUUUACAGAUAAUGGAUCGGCUUAUGAUCAAUUAGCGAUCCUGGAUGAGAAUCUCCGACUUGACCCCACAAAACUGGAGGAACAGGGACUCCCAUGGUUUGCGGGUGCUCAGGUUCUGUAUCGCCUGGGUACAAAUCUUGCAAUUGGUGCCACUUUCACGCAUGUGGGGUUAUGGUACGGACAGGAGAUUCGAGGAGCUAUCAACAUGUACCGCACGGGUAACCAUCAGGAUCCGCACAUGCAGAAAAUGCAGGUCUAUAAGGAAGUACCGAUGCUGUGGUAUGCGGCAGUCCUUCUCGGUAGCUUUGCUAUGGCUAUGGCUACCAUCUACACCGGCCACUCUGAUUUGCCUUGGUGGGGACUGAUCGUCGCGCUCCUGUUUGCGGGGAUUUUCCUUCCUUUCGUCGUGGUGGUGUACGCUAUUACAGGUUUCGUCCCGGAUUCGCAGGGUUUAAUUCAGAUUCUUGGUGCAAUUAUUAUGCCCGGAAGCCCUCAAAGGAACAUGUACUUCACGCUUUAUGGCUACAAUACCGUUCUUCAAGCCCGUGGCUUGAUUCGAGAUCUGAAGAUGGGGCAAUACACCAAACUCCCGCCACGAGUGACGUUCACUGUUCAGUCGCUGGGUGCCAUUAUUGGAGGUCUUUUGAAUUACGUGAUCAUGAAAGUUAUCAUCGACACGCAUCGUGAGAUCUUGCUCGACGUACAAGGUUCCAAUGUGUGGUCUGGUCAACAAGUCCAGUCCUUCAACUCUGAUGCCGUAACUUGGGGUGCUCUUAGCGAUCAAUUGUAUACUCCCAAAGGACGUUACGGAAUCUUGCCACUCGCCAUCAUUAUCGGAUUAUUCGUUCCAAUCCCCUUCUAUAUAGCUCACCGCCUGUUCCCGAAGAUCCGCGCGGACAAAGUGGUAACCCCAAUCUUAUGUUGGGCUCUUGGAUAUCUCAGCGUUGGGAUCAACACUUCUAUCUUCACGACGUUCUGCUUGGCUGUGUUCUCACAGUACUACUUGAGGGUUUAUCGACCUAAAUGGUUUAGGAAGUACAACUUCUUGAUGUCGGCAGCUUUGGAUGGAGGAACUCAGGUUAUGGUGUUCGUGUUCACGUUUGCGGUUGGGGGUGGAAGUGGAAAGGUUGUUGAGUUCCCGCGAUGGGCAUUGAAUCCGGAGGGCAAUCCAGAUUACUGUAUGAGGUUGACUUGA